AGGCCAUCGGCACCGUGCUGCAGUGAUCCGUGUCUCAUGUCUUUACGGCUCAGUUCAAACUCUUGGAGAAUCGCCAGUGACCUGUUUGCUGCAGCGGCUUCUGCAGGGUGAGUGCAAAUUUAGCACCCAGCCCUUAUACCCAACUUUGGCUGGAGAUGUGGCAUCACUCUUGAUGUUGUUGCUUGAGAACUUGGCCAAGGGUGAAGAGCUACGCGGCAUCUACCAUUGGCAGGGACCAGAGAGGCUCACUGAAUUCCAGAUGGCGCAAACCUUGUCGAAGGCUUUUGGUCCUUGCGGCUCUUUGAACGGAGCAUGCGGGGAAAACAAAGCGAACACACCGAACCAACAGCUCCAAGUUACACUCAAGUCGGACCAAGCGUCGUUUCUUCCGGACCGAGCUCUGGACAUCAGUCGACUGAAGCGAGUCGUUGACAAGUCUCGCCGAGCGAAUCUGCCGACGCCCUUCGCGGAGGGUCUCAGGACCCUUCUGGAUGAUCUUGAGAGCACAUUCAGAGCCUCUCUUCGUCCGGUCUCGGUACCGGGUCACUCCACUUCCAGGAGUUCUCCAGGGACCUUACAGUGGGCAGCAGAACAACAUGUUUAAAUUGUUAAUCUUGUGCCAAAGAAGCACAAGAUGAACAACUGAGGGCAAAAA